AUGAGUAUCAAAAACGUUCAUGAUACGUCUACUGCCAUUCAACCAGAGACUCAUGACGAGUUGCGGACGGUGAAGCGGGCCAACAAAGACAACAAUGUCCCGGACGACGCAACCACACCGUCAGACAGCGAGCUGGCUCGAGAGGCAGCGCUCACCGCCCUGACUGUCGAAGAAGAGAAGAAGCUCAUCCGCAAGGUUGACUGGCGCUUGAUUCCCCUCCUUGCCAUGUUAUACCUUGUGAAGAAGCUGGACGAGAGUAAUGUUUCCCAAGCUCGCAUCAUGAACAAGGGCACGGAGAGAAAUAUCCUGACCCAGCUCGACAUCACGUCUGAUCAGUACGGCAUGGUCACGGUUCUGUAUACUGUGCCCUACAUUCUGGCUGAAAUCCCGUCCAACCUGUUGCUGAAAAGAUUCAAGCCGUCCCGAUGGCAGUCCAGAAUCAUGCUCUCCUGGGGCAUUGUCACCGCUUGCACGGCCGCAGUCCAUAACUUGGGGGGUCUCUACGCUUGCCGGUUCCUCCUUGGCUUGACCGAGGCUGGGAUGUUUCCCGGUAUCAUUCUCCAGCUGUCGUACUGGUACCGCCCGGACGAGAUCGCCGUCCGACUGAUGUGGAUCUUCGCCUUGGGGAACGUGUCUGGUAUCCUUGGUGGUUUGCUAGCCUAUGGAUUCCAUGCCGUGUCAGGAGCAGCCGGGCUGUCCGGUUGGCAGUGGCUCUUCGCGUUUGAGGGAGUCUGUACCGUGCUUCUUUCUGGUCUCGUCCUUUUCGCCCUGCCUGACUUCCCUGGAAACACAAAGUGGUUGUCUCCCGUCGAAAGCGCAUUCCUACAGGCCCGUCUGCCGCCAAACUCCCCCCGGUCGUCCGAGAAGAACUUUGCCGGCAGCGAGAUCAUUGCAUCCCUCAAGGACAAGCGGCUCUGGCUCUUCACGCUCAGCUGGGCCCUGAUGACGUGCGGGAAAAACGGUAUCGACUUCUACCGCCCGAGCAUCAUCGCCAAUAUGGGGUUCAGCGACAUUGCCACCGCCCAGGUCCUGAACAUCCCUACAUCCGCCGUAGCCAUCUUCCUGAUUCUCUCGCUGGGUGCCUGGUCCAACAAGGCCAAGAUCCCUCUCCCGCUGUUCCCCAUCGGAUGCACCGUCGUCAUCGUCGCCAUGUACUCGAUCCUCGUGGUGUACCCCAACGACAUUGGCGUGUAUCUCGGAAUGAUGAUUGGCGUCGCUUGCGGCACCGCCUGGUUCCCUCUCAUGUGGCCGUGGCGUGCUCAGACAGUCAAUGGCGCAACGGGAUCCGCCUUUGCGAUUGGUUUCGUCAACAGCUACGGACAAGUCGGCGACGCGCUGGGGCCGCAGAUGUUCCAGGAAAAAUACGCGCCGUCGUACCAGCUGCCGUUCGGCCUUUCCAUGGGCCUCGUCGGCCUCUGCGGCAUCGUCAACGGCGUGACCUGGUGGGUGACGCGUCGGACGGAGAGCGACACACGCAGACACAAGCGGGCCAGGAUCCUGGCCAAGAAAAACAACGAAGCCGUGCUGGACGACGUCGUCGACCUGGACCUGGAGCGCAAGCUGCGUGUCUGA